AGACCCGCCACUCGGAGAAAUAAGAAAUGGCAUCGACAGCACACUUCUCGGAGGAGGAAAUGGCAGAGCUACGAGAGGCUUUCAGCAAAGUCGAUAUCAGUGGGAACGGCUUUAUCCACGCCAAUGAUUUAACAGAUGUGUUGAAGGCAGCCAAUCUCCCUCUCCCAGGAUAUAAAGCCAGAGAACUUAUUCAGAAUUUGACAACCACGGGGGAUGGCAGGAUAAGUUUUAAUGAAUUUAUUUCAAUUUUCCAAAACCUGAAGAGCGAUGACGUUGCUAAGUCGUUCCGAAAACAAAUCAACAAAAAGGAGGGGAUCUGCGCUAUCGGUGGGACAUCUGAGCAGUCCAGUGCUGGCACACAACACUCUUACUCAGAGGAAGAAAAGUAUGCCUUUGUCAACUGGAUUAAUAAAGCCCUUGAGAAGGAUCCUGACUGUAAACACGUGGUCCCAAUGAAUCCAGAAACAGAUGACCUCUUCCAGGCUGUUGGUGAUGGCAUAGUGCUUUGUAAGAUGAUCAACUUUUCAGUGCCAGAUACCAUUGACGAGAGAACAAUCAACAAAAAGAAACUCACGCCCUUCACAAUACAGGUACUAAACUCCGCUUCAGCCAUUGGGUGCCACGUUGUUAACAUUGGAGCUGAAGACUUAAAAGAAGGGAAACCUUACCUGGUUUUGGGUCUUUUAUGGCAAGUCAUCAAAAUUGGACUCUUUGCUGACAUAGAAAUCAGCAAAAGAAGAAUUAUAGACUCACAGAAUAAUUUAGGCUGGAAGGACCUCUGGAGGUCCACCCUGGAGGUCCUCUGGUUCAGCUAUCCAACUACCCACUUACAGCAGUACCAGUUUCAAGCCUUGAUCGCUCUUCUGAGAGAGGGAGAGAGCCUGGAGGAUCUGAUGAAGUUGUCUCCAGAGGAACUGUUGCUGAGGUGGGCAAACUAUCACCUGGAGAAUGCAGGAUGUAACAAAGUCAACAACUUCAGCUCAGACAUCAAGCAGCCUGACUUCUACAGCAUUAUAAAGGACUCAAGAGCUUAUUACCAUUUGCUGAACCAAGUUGCCCCCAAGGGAGAUGAAGAAGGCAUUCCGGCUAUUACUAUUGACAUGUCAGGAUUAAGGGAGAAGGACGACGUGCAGCGAGCGGAGUGCAUGCUGCAGCAGGCGGAGCGGCUNNNNUGCCGCCAGUUCGUCACGGCCACCGACGUCGUCCGGGGGAACCCAAAGCUAAACUUGGCCUUCAUCGCCAACUUGUUCAACAAAUACCCUGCCCUGCAUAAGCCAGAGAACCAGGACAUCGACUGGAGCUCUAUUGAAGGUGAGACAAGGGAAGAGAGGACGUUCAGGAACUGGAUGAACUCCCUGGGCGUUAAUCCACGUGUAAAUCACUUAUACAGUGACCUGUCAGAUGCCUUGGUUAUCUUCCAGCUCUAUGAAAAGAUCAAAGUGCCAGUAGACUGGAACAGAGUGAACAAACCACCGUAUCCUAAACUGGGUGGCAACAUGAAGAAGCUUGAAAACUGCAACUAUGCAGUGGAACUGGGAAAGAAUCAAGCCAAAUUUUCCCUUGUUGGCAUCGCUGGGCAAGAUCUGAAUGAAGGAAACCGUACGCUCACGUUGGCCUUAAUCUGGCAGUUGAUGAGAAGGUACACCCUGAAUAUCCUUGAAGACAUUGGUGGUGGAGAGAAGGUCAAUGAUGAAAUCAUUGUCAGCUGGGUCAAUGAAACACUGACUGCAGCCGGGAAGGAUUCAACCAUCUCCAGUUUCAAGGAUAGCAAAAUCAGCACCAGUAUGCCAGUCCUGGAUCUCAUUGAUGCCAUUCAACCAGGAUCAAUCAAAUAUGACCUCUUGAAAACAGAGGACCUGAAUGAUGAGGAGAAACUAAAUAAUGCUAAAUAUGCCAUCUCUAUGGCAAGAAAAAUUGGAGCAAGAGUCUAUGCCCUUCCAGAAGACCUGGUUGAAGUAAAACCCAAAAUGGUCAUGACAGUGUUUGCUUGCCUUAUGGGAAAAGGCAUGAAGAAAGUUUAAAGCACAAAAGACUUGUACUGAUGCCUGAUAUUCACCCUUUUGGUUCCCUCAAACUGGAUGUUCUUCUCCGUAUCAAGGAAAAAUGCAAGGUGCUCAUGCUUUUAAGGUGUGAAUGUUAUACAUGUUUCCCGAUCGUACAAAAGUUGUGUAUCCGAGUGUAUCCAGGAAAUGUUUUGUUUUGAACAGUAACAUGUGCUUGAUUUCUUUGCCUUAUUUUCCACUUUGCUAGAUAUACCCAUUUCAUAUUCCUGAAUAAGUUUUCAAUAGCAAGGCCUAUACAUAUCCUUUUAUUAAUGGAUACCAGGGUUUUCUGUCAGAGGUCACCUGGAGAUCUUUGUCUUGGGAUGUACAAACAGCUUUUAGGAUCAUGAAAUGUUAUAUACUGCUUCUGCCUGAAAAUGUCUUCAUGCUUUUGGUAGCAUUUCUGCCAUACUUUCCUUCGGUUUGCACC